AUGUCGAACAAUGCAACCCAGACCAGUCUGAGUCAAGAGACGCUCAAGAGCAUAGACGAAAACAACAAGCUACUGCGUGAAGACGCGCUAGCAGCGCGGACACACUUGACGAAUCUGCACCUGGAAAAGAUGUUUGCAAACGACAAUUCUGAUGUCGAGUACGAGUGCCUUGAGUGCUACGAUCACAAGAAGGGCGAAUUGAAGAUCAAGGGCUGGAUAGCAUACAAGGAGCAUCAGGCUGGCGCACAUUGCUCGGCCGGACAACGGUGGGAGUGCCGAAAAUGUGGCGAGACGUUCGCACUGUACAAUCAGGCUUUGAGACACCUCAGCCCAAAGACGAACACCACCAUGUGCAUCUGGCUCGACUUGUCUCCAGCCGAAGCGCAGACGACCGGCUAUCGCAAGUGA